AAAGAGAACUAAAUUUUCAAACUUUGCAGAAGUCGUGCGGCUGGGAGUCACGCGUCCUGCCCGACGACAGAGGAAUGACAGCGAGAGGGUGUCUGCAAAUUAUAUGCAGACUUUUCGUAUCGAGUGUCAUUCGACGGGCAUUCCUCACCGCGUGCGUUUUUCACGAGGACCAAUGCACGGCGGUCUUCUCCGCGGACACCUAAUGCCGGGAUCUGCGGGGACCUCGGCAGGAAUAUGGCCCACACGGUAAAAGCCCCACUCAGGAGGUCCUUCAGCGAGCAUGUGAAAAACUCCACCAACAGGGCCUGGGAUGUGUUCUGGAAGAGCGCGCGGGAGAAGAGGCUUUCAGAGAUUGAAGCGAAGGAGGCCUGUGAUUGGCUCAGGGCAGCUGGUUUCCCCCAGUACGUACAGCUGUUCAAAGAUUGCAGAUUCCCUAUUGACACAGUCUGGGUGAAGAGCGACCAUGAGUUCCUCGAUGAGGACACGAUCGAUUCUCUGUGCAGGAGGCUCACCACUUUGAACAAGUGUGUUGAAAUGAAGCUGGAGGUGAAGCGAUCGAGGAGGAGGAGUGAAGACUCGGAAGAAGAGGAACCAUGCGCUAUUAGCAAUAAGUGGUCCUUCGAGAGACAGAACGAGCGCUGGUAUCGCCAGGAAGGCCCGGACUUCCUGGCAGCCCCUCGUAGUACUUCAAAAGAGGCCCGGAAUGAGGAUCGCGGCGAGAAACAGGAGGCCUGCUCCGUGGACAGUUCCUGCAGCUCAGACAGCGAUAGUCUCGGACCGGGCCUGCAUGCCAACAAGCUGGGAGUGAGCCGGAGCUCCUCCCAUGACCCUUCCCAUGGGUCGUCUCUGCGCAAGCUCACGUCACUGGAGAGCUCAUUCAGCGGGCCGCCAUCGCCAAGCGAAACGUCCAGCUUCAUCAGCGAGGAACGCUUCCGAGAUAAGCCCCCCCGAAACCGUGGGAAGAGCCUUCUGAGGAGGAUGGAGAAUCUCAAGAUCGGGAGUAACACCCUCAAGAGCAAGUCCCGCCACAGAGGCCCGCUGACGAUUGGUGGACCAGUGCCACUGGAAGGCUUCAACGAGGAGAAGCUUAGGCACCUCCGCUGCGUGGACAUCGCCACGCUCCAAGAUAAACCAGAGAGCCAACUGUCCUCCACAGCAACGUCCAGCAGUAGCAGCAGCAGCAGCCCAUCUGAGAGCAACAGCACGAUCAGUACCCCCAGCCCUGUCACCCGGGUACGUGGCCACCGUCGACGGGAUGGACCCCCGAAACACGAUUGCACCUACGACCAGGGAACCACCCGAGAACAAGAGCAGAGGAAUGAAAAAAACCAGCAGGAGGGCCUGGUGUUCCGGAUCCCCCAGGAACACAAACCGGGCACUUUUCCCGUGGGCCUCAACCAUGGUGCAGAUAAUACCUCCGUCAACUGGAGGACAGGUAGCUUCCACGGAUACCGGGGCAGGCCAUGCCACAGCAGCUCAUCCAGUGAGCAGCCCUGCAGCCCACUGGCUGCACCUGACCACCGUGCCAGCGUCUACGACAAUGUUCCAAGCGAGUCUGAGCAAGCUCACGGUACGGAGGAGGAGGACGAUGAGGAGGAGGAGACAGAGGACGACGAUGUCUUUUCCGCACUAGACAACGUUAUGGAGCGCAUCAACGGCCUCCAGCAGCUGGUAUCUACAUGGGCCGAGAAGCUUUCAGAUGAGGGCGACCUGGACUCAGCUAAUGACUCUGCAUCUCCCUGCCCGUCCUCACCAACAGACAUACACCUGGAAAUUAAGAAACAUGGACCAGUAGAUCCCAUAGAAUCAGAGGAAAUUGCAGAGAACUUUGACAAAGAGACAGAUGACCUGGAAUCUGCGUACGCUGAUUACUCAAGUGAGCAGACAUCACUCCAGCACAAAAGGUGUCUUCACUGGUCCAGUGAGCAGAGUCUCCACGCAGAACUUUCCACAUCAAUGGGAGUGGAGGGCCUGUCCGCCUCCCACGUCAACCUGCUACGGAAGAUGUCUUUGCUCAAACUCACCACCCUCAUGGACAAAUACUCUCCCGCCAGCAAGCAAGGCUGGAACUGGACUGUCCCAAAGGUGAUAAGAAAAUCAAAGGCGAUGGACCACAAGGAACGGAGGGUGUUUGGGGUGCCCCUGCUGGCGAGCGUGCAACGGGGUGGGGGCCCCCUCCCUCGGAGCAUUCUCAAGGCCAUGCAGUACCUGAGGACUCAGUGCCUCGACCAGGUUGGCUUGUUCCGCAAGUCCGGAGUGAAGUCUCGGAUCCAGCUCCUGCGGGAGAUGGUGGAGGCGGACCCCGACGGCGUGAGCUACGAGGGCCAGUCUGCGUUCGACGUGGCGGACAUGGUGAAGCAGUACUUCCGCGAUCUCCCGGAGUCCAUCUUCUCCAGCAAACUCUGCGAGUCCUUCCUCCACAUCUACCAGUAUUUUCCCAAAGACCGACAGCUAGCCGCAACGCGGGCGGCUAUUUUCCUCCUGCCAGAUGAAAACAGGGAAGCCUUGCAGACUCUGCUCCUGCUCCUCAGAGAUGUAGUGGAGUGGGUGGAGGAGAACCAGAUGACCCCCACCAACAUCGCUGUUUGCCUGGCUCCAUCCCUGUUCCACCUUAACACUUUGAGGAGAGAGAAUCCUUCAAGCAGCAAGCUCAGUCACAGGAAAUACAGUCUUGGCCGACCAGACCAGAGAGACCUCAGCGAGAACCUGGCAGCCACGCAGGGCCUGGCACACAUGAUUUCUGAGGCACCACACCUCUUCCAGGUGCCGAAAUGCUGGAUGACCCAGAAUCAAGGCAUGAUAGACGAGGACGGCGCACAUCUCGACUGGGGCCUGAACUUCCCGGCCUGUUCCGGCGCGGAGGAUGAGGACAAACGGGCCCAGCUGGACCUGUCCGUCCAGAACACGCUGAGGGAAGCCAGGGAGAGAUUCAGAAGCUGGAUCCCGUGUUCGACCUCGGACCAUGUAGACGUGGCUUUUAAAAAGGUGAAGGACGGCCACGCCCUGCGACUCUGGAAGGCCUCAGCGGAGGUGGAUGCCCCCCCGGCUGAGGUUUCACAGCGCCUGCUCCGCCAACGCGAGCUCUGGGACAGGGAUCUGCGCAGCUCGCGGGUGGUGGAGGCCCUCGGGGCCAGCGCUGAGGUGUACCACUACAUCCAAUAUGGCGGGGGACGGCGCCCCCUACAAGAGCACCUACUGCUCAGGACGUGGCACAACGAACCCACCACGGGCACUUUCAUUCUGGCCGCUGUUUCCACCGAACACCCGGACGUCCCCAUUGAUGGCGUGAGGGCCAAGGUGUUCAGCUGCGUCCACCUGCUUGAACCCGUGGGGGCCAAGAGGACUCGGCUGACUCACGUUUGCCGAAAGGACACCAGGGGGCGCUCACCGGAAUGGCACAACAAAGUGUGGGGACACCUGUUGUCGUCCGAAAUGACGGCCAUAAGGGACUCUUUCAAGGACGACGCGACCAACACCAAGACAUGAGCGAGGCCCCAACCUUCCCCAAAGCCAUCCCGUCCCAUCUCACGGCCCCCACUUACGGAUCUCCCCAGCGUACCUGCAUGAAGAGAGAAAAAGGGGAAUGCAACGUUUUCCCAAGGCCCGCAGCUGAAACUAUUUAUGUAACUUUUAAAGAAAAGGUACAAUUUUGCCUGUGGACAAAAACGGAGCCUUUUGGGGGCGCCAGAGGGUUUGCUGCUGGCGGAGGCUGAGUACCGAGGGGUGUCAUCCUAUUUAAAUUCCACCUCCAAAGACCUUCUGUGGUGGUGCGUUGCCUUUAAUGUCAGCUUCAAAAGCGGCUCGCGUGAGUCCCUGCUGGGCCCUUUACAUCCAAACUUACCUCUCUGAGGUCUUUACACCCGGGAAGGUCUUCGCACAUGGCUUUAACAAAGGAUACGUCCAAAAAUGAAACCAGCUCUUUUAUAUAGCUGGAAGAUUCGUUUUGUAUGAUAGCCCCUCAUAAUGUAACGCUUGAUACAUCUGUAUUGGUAGGAAUUUUCGCACUAUAGCACUAUGCAUAUGACCGGAAGGUCGUGGUUUUGAAUCCCAAGGCCGGGAGGAUGAUUUUUCAGUCGGGCCCCUGAACGAGGCCCUUAAACCCCAAUUGCUCCAGGGCCCGUCUGCCCCCGCUUUCCCAAAAACGUGUCGCUGUGGAUAAAAGCAUCUGCUAAACAAAUGUAGAUAUUCUGCUUUUCCCAUGAGUUCCAAAACCAACCAUUUUCUGUCUCGAUAUACCAAAACAAAUGCGUACCUCUGAACAAAAUGUUAAUAAAUUCAUUUAUAUUUCUGUAUAUAUAUAUAUAUAUAUUUCAAAAUGCAGUCUAUUGUUAUAAAUGUCCUAUUAAAUGCCCUUUGAAGAUAACUUAACAAAUAUAUUAAAAUACAAUUAAGAGUUUUAUUAAAAUAUUAUACAGCAAUCAGAAAGGUUUAACAUUUUUUAUAUUAAAGAUGUAAUGAAAAUUA